AUGACGAGUGUGGCGUGGAAAUUGGGACAUCUGGUAAAUUAUGCUGAAGCUGAGAAGCUAUCUUUGGUUGUCUUGAACACCGCAAGAGCAAAAUUCGGUAGCGAGAGCCCCUUAGCUCUUGGUGGUAUGGCAGCAAUGUCGGAGACGUAUCGGGAUCAGAAGAAAUUGUUGAAUGAGGCUGUAGAAAUGGAGGAAUAUGUCAUGAAUGUCAGGAAGAAGUUGCUGGGAGAAAAUAAUCCUCUAGUUGUGGACAGUAUGGGCAACUUGGCAUUGACUUUUAUAGCCCAAUCAAAACCCAAGGAGGCCAAAGUGUUGCUUCUGAGAACAAUAGACAUCGCGGAAGUGGAACUAGGAGGGGAGCAUCUAAUUACUUUGACUUGCAAAUCCGCCCUCGCAGAUUGCUAUAGGCGCCUUGAAAGCUAUGAGGAAGCAGAAGAUCUGCUUUGCGAUACUAUUCAGACAUUGGCCAGCCAUCAUGGGCUAGAACACCCCAAAACUUUAGUAGCCAUGAUCAACUUAGGCUCGACUUAUCAAAACUUACACGCAUGGCAAGAUGCUGAAGAGUGCUCUCUUCGAACAAUUGAGGUGUCAACCCGAGUGUAUGGCCUGGAUCAUAUCAAUACUAUCGCAAGCUCCGCCACCCUGGCUUUAUCUUGUAAACACCAGGGACGAUUGGACGAUUCGAUCACAUUAUUUCUUGAUUUGAUUGAAAGAUCCAGCAGAACACUCGGCCCCGAACAUGACGAAACAUUGUCGCACAUGUGUAAUUUGGCAUCAACUUACCAGUACCACCAGAAGUAUGACCAGGCUGAAGAGCUUCAGCUACGCGCCAGGGAGAUAAGCGAGAAGACUCUUGGUAAGGAGCACAAAUAUACAAUCACUUGCUCAAACAAUCUGGCGUGGAUAUGGCGCUGCCAAGGUCGCAAGAAGGAGGCCUUGGAGCUGCUUGUUGAAUGCGUCGUACUUUUCAAAACCAUCCUGGGGAAUGACCAUCCGCACACAGUAUCGGUUACAAAGGUACUGCAUGGCUGGUUGGAAGAAGGUAGUCACUAA